AAGUAAUAUAAUUUAGCUCUCUUAUUCUAUAGUAUGCCAUUAGAAAUUGCUUUGAUUAUAUGUAUUCGCCUUGCUGCCUUGGCUUAGUUCAAGAAAAGUGCAUUCUGAGGCCAUCAGGUGUGCCUCAAAUGGAAAGGCGCAGUCCCCUUGCACCUUUCGUGCCUUAUAUUAGUGUGUGCCUGUGCUUUGCCCUUGUGCAUUGGCUCUUGCCUACAAGACCCUUUAAGUGUCUAGGUGUGCCUAGUGCAUGUUAAGGCUUAACUGAUUAGUUUCCUGAAAGGUAAAUGGGGAUGGAAUAGUAUUUCACUCUUGAUUGAACCAAUUGGAAUGUGGCUGUGAGUUCUUGCCCAUAUUUGAUGUAUGUUGAAUGGUUUUUCCAUAACUUUUUAAUUCUUAAAUGUUGGAAUGAUUGUCCUUCUAUUUUAGAAGUAUCCCUCUUUUUCGUCAACUUAUCUUAGAAUCUUUUUCAACUUUUGAAUUCUUAAAUGUUUGGUAUUGUAAAAUCAUGAAAUUCUUGUGCCAGCUUAUCUUAGUAAAUUUGAAUCUUUAGAGCCACUUUGAUCAUGCUAUGUCUAUGUCUUUCAUUGCUAUUCAAUUUUCUGUUUUAACACGGUAUUCACUUUCCUGUAUUCAGCAAAUAGCAGAUGGUUGUUUAAUAUGGGAGGGGUGGUCUAGCAAAUUAUCUUGGAAGGGCCAGAGGGUUAGUUUGUUAUAAUGAAGGUUAAGGCAGGAUCGUCAAUGAUGGUUUGUGACUUGUGAGCCAUUUUCUAAAGACCUAUAGACGGAUUACAGUGGGCCAUUUUCACAGAUUCUGUUGAGCCAUUGCCUUAAUGGAGAUGAUUUUUGCUUGAUGUGUGGAGCUCUAGAAAUAAAUGUGAAAUUUUGUAAUUUUAGGUCUCCCUUUUUUUGUUUUGUUGUGUUUUAUUAUUUUCUAAGUUUGUAAAUGGCCAUUAUUAAUUUUCUAAAAGUAGUAUAUCAAAAAUACCAAGUGUAUAAAGUUGGAAUACUCAUCCUUUGUUUGGUGAGGCGGGAUGGCUAAAAACAAUGGUAUGGUGAGCUGGAAUUACUCCAGGCAGUCUUGGAUGUAAUUGAGUCUGCAAAUUGAAGGAGACUAAGAGUCCGUUUGGUUGGCCGGAAAUUAGAUUUCGGGGGACCUCACUGUAUAAAGUUCACCAUUAUUUGUGACUUUGUCCCUGGAAGUUCCAAUUUUUCUUGGUUUUUUUAAUAAAAAUUUAUUUGAAAU